UGAACAGAGGCUUUAAAGAAAAAGAGGCAGCAUUGUCUGGAGGAAGUCACUGCUACCGUGAAACGGAAAGUAGGGAGAUGUCAACGUACUGCUAACGUGAAAACAACCCAGGAGCCCUGCGUGGUACGAGAAGAGACCUUUUGAAAGAUAUUUAGUAAAAGCUCUUCAGCAGCGGGACGAAUCUUCAGGAAGAAGGCGUGUCGCUUUGGCAGCAUUAGUGCGUAUGCUAACACUAGCUAACAAGGAACAUUAACUCUAGGCUAUUCUAGACCAGAGGCCUGCAACAUCCUCCUCUAAAACUAGAACGACCUCAGUGCCGGUGGAUAACCCCCUCCGAAGCACACCUAGUGUAUUUGACCUGACGGUGGAUACUACAGCUUCCAACCAGACAGCAAACCAAAGAAAUAAUUUCCAUUGCUCCGUUUAAAAUAAUAAAUCAAUAAGUUUGACUAUUGUAUUUAUUUUCUUCUUAAGCUGUGAGCUAGUCUUUUUAAGUAAUCUGUAAAGAUGAGUCCUGGAUUGGAAGCAGUGGACAUAGCUGUGGUAGUACUGUAUUUUGUCCUGGUGCUAGCCAUUGGUUUUUUUGCCAUGUGGAAAGCCAAUCGCAGCACUGUGAGUGGCUACUUCCUGGCUGGACGCUCCAUGACAUGGAUAGUAAUUGGUGCAUCACUCUUCGUCAGCAACAUUGGCAGUGAACAUUUCAUAGGCCUGGCUGGGUCAGGAGCAGCAAGUGGCUUUGCUGUUGGAGCAUGGGAAUUUAAUGCAAUUCUUCUUCUGCAGCUGCUUGGCUGGGUGUUUAUUCCUGUGUAUAUACACUCGGGGGUCUACACCAUGCCCGAGUACCUGUCGAAACGCUACGGUGGCAACAGGUUAAAGAUUUACUUUGCUCUCUUGUCUAUAUUACUUUACAUUUUUACCAAACUGUCUGUGGAUUUAUAUGCUGGAGCACUCUUCAUCCAGGAGUCCCUGGGGUGGAACCUUUAUGUGUCAAUCGUUCUGCUCAUCACUCUGACAGCGCUGCUUACUGCCACUGGUGGUCUGGUGGCAGUACUCUACACAGAUGCACUUCAGGCCGUGUUGAUGAUUGGUGGAGCACUAAUCUUAACCAUCCUAAGCCUUAUCAAAGUUGGUGGGAUGGAGGGUGUCAGAACUAAGUACAUGCAGGCCGUUCCCAAUGUUACUGCUAUAAUGGCCACUUGGAACAUCACCUAUUCUUCUUCCUGCCACAUUGAGCCUAAACCAGACUCCCUACGCAUCCUCCGAGGUCCCCUGGAUGAAGACAUUCCAUGGCCCGGCUUCAUUCUUGGCCAGACCCCUGCCUCUAUCUGGUACUGGUGUGCUGACCAGGUCAUUGUUCAGAGAGUACUAGCAGCAAAGAACAUUGCUCAUGCCAAGGGCUCUACGCUCAUGGCUGGAUUUCUCAAGAUCCUGCCCAUGUUUUUAAUAGUGAUCCCUGGAAUGAUCUCCCGCAUCUUGUUUACGGACGAGAUCGCCUGCAUUGGGCCCGAGCACUGCAAGGCUGUUUGUGGUUCUGAGGCUGGCUGUUCAAACAUUGCCUACCCACGCCUUGUCAUGGCAGUGAUGCCUGUCGGACUCAGGGGUCUGAUGAUGGCCGUCAUGAUCGCUGCCCUGAUGAGUGACCUAGACUCGAUCUUUAACAGUGCAAGCACCAUCUUCACCCUGGACAUCUACAAAAAUGUUCGAAGCGAGGCGUCUCAGCGUGAGCUCCUCAUUGUGGGCCGCAUGUUUGUUGUAGUUAUGGUGGCAAUCAGCAUUGCCUGGGUCCCUGUUAUUAUCCAAAUGCAAGGGGGGCAGACAUACCUUUACAUCCAGGAAGUUGCUGGCUACCUUACUCCACCAAUAGCUGCCCUCUUCCUGUUGGGUGUUUUCUGGAAACGGUGUAAUGAGACAGGUGCAUUUUGCGGAGGCAUGACCGGUUUCACUCUUGGUGCCCUACGUCUGAUCCUAGCUUUUAUCUACCGCAAGCCGAACUGUGACUUGCCAGAUGAUAGGCCUGCCUUCAUUGCUAAAGUGCACUACAUGUAUUUUGCCGCCGGGCUGUUCUGGACUUCAGGGUUGGUGGCAGUGGUGGUCAGCCUCUGCACCUCUGCCCCAGAUGAAGAGCAGGUUCGCACCACCACAUUCUGGGGGGUCCGAAACAGGAAAAGGCUUCCAACAAAAGACCGAAAGGAAACCUUAAGGCUGACCGAAGAGAGCCUUCAGAAUGGCAAUGGAAGACUCCAUAAAGAAAUACCACAAGAUGUCAGAAACGAGAGGUGUUUGGAUGGGGCAGAUGAAAAGCUCUUGGUCCCAUACACUGACCAUCACCCAGAAACCCCAAGUACAGAAACAUCCUCUGCCACCACGCCCGCAGACCAAUUCAGUAAUGGAAAGAUAGAGCUGACCCAAGGUGAAAGCAGCCAGGUCCAAAGGAAGACUAGCGGGUUUAUGUGUUUCCUGGAACGGUUUUGUGAUUGUAAUGACAGCCACAGAGCACUCCAAAAAAAGUUGCAGGAGGAUGUCAUUGAUGAAAUGCUGUACGAGUCACCCAGGGAUAAAAUAAUCCUCAACGUGGUUUUGGUGUGUGUCUGCUGUGUGGGCAUCUUCCUAUUUGUUUACUUUUCAAUUUAGUUUGACUCUGUACUGGACUGAUGGGAAUUGAUUUGGGUGCUUUUAUUAAGGCGGGAGUUGUGUUGAGCUGUUAUAACGGUUACAUUUUCAAAGUUUUGAGAAUCUCUGUCUGUGAUAUUUACAGUUGUCUUUUUAAGCUUUCUAACAGGGAUAUGAGCCUACCUAAUCAUUUUUUCAAUGAUUAAAGCUUUGCCACAUGAAAACAGUUGUACUUCUUUUAGGAGUAGUAUUUGACUUGUCUGUGCAUCUUGUACAGUGCUUAUUGUUUAUUCUGCAUAAAGAAUAUGUACUGAGGAUUUUCUUUAUUGUUAGUAUUUAACAUCUACUUUUUUUAAAACAAAUGCCCUUGUCUGUAUUUUGUGAUUCAUUCUUUUAUUUCCCCAUUCUUGUUGUCCAUUACUGAGGACGUAGUUGCUGGUUUAGCAUUCAUAUGUCAGUAACUCGAAAGGUUAUAGGUCAUGACAGUUUCUCCCACUGUACACAAUAUUACUACUGCAUUAUUUGAGUAUAACUUUGAAUGUUUGAUUAUUUUUUUAUUAUGUCUUUUCAAGUUUAAUGUCAUUGUUAAAAACAUUGUGUAUACUUGUUAUGCACUGCUAUUGUAUUACCACAAUAGUGCACAAGUAUCCAUUCAUCAAUACAGUAAUGUCAUUUAAACCUUGUGUACAAUAUAAUUCAUGUCAAGAUCGCCCACAAUAUACAUUUCUUCAAUAGAAAACCAUUUCUUCUGUAUCUACUGUGUUCAUGUACAUUAUAGUGAGUUUCACCUAAUUUUAUCUUGUUUGAAGUGAAUCAAUUACACUUUUUACCAAAUUUGUCUUAGUACGCAAUAUUAAAAAGAGAAGAACACUUUUGCCCUGAAAAUGUUGUACAGUGAAAACCAUCUUUCUUUAAAGAUGAUUCAGCUUUCUCGUGUUGUAAAUGUUACGUUUCCAUGUUCACAUUUUCUGGCUUAUCUUUUAGAUUGUGGUCAUUAUUUCCAAAUUGUAAGAUAUCUAGGCAUCUACCCUCCCCCCCCACUCCAGAACACAAACUAUUUGUGUCUACAUGCACUUUGAAAUUGGACAGUUGUGUUAAAUGACCUUAGUCCUAAAACAGUGUCAUCUUUGACAGGCCAAUACCAAUUAAUGCUGAGCAUAAAAGAUGUAUUUAGGGGAUUGAUAAAUUAUGAUUGCUGUGUGUGAAAAUGCUUUAAAACAUUUAUUUUCUCUCUGAGAAAAUAAACAUUAUUUUUAUGGAUUUAAUUUUUUGAGACUGAUAAUAAAAGUUCUGUGGAAAACA